AUGAUCGCUCUCCGGCAAAUUUUUCAAUGGUUAGCCUGGGCCUCCCAGGUCAAAUCUGAAUUCCUGUGUCUGGCAUCCCUGUCUGUUGCCUCAAACUCUCACAUCAAAAGCCUGCCCACUCUUUGGGGCAUUGAGGCAUCCACAAUGGCAUCGAUCAGUGCUAUUCAUAACACACUGGCCAUUAACCUGCGAGCGCACAUCCAUCUCUUCCUCGCCUCGCUCCCAUCUACAUCUACUUCACAACAUCACAUUGGGGUCGAGGCUGCGCUUGCAAAGGGAAACCAGGAAUUCAUCGGCUUACUCGCCGAAUGGCUUGCAGUUCAAGAGCUGACUGUACUUGUUGCGCGGGCGUUCCAGCCGUUGCUGGUCGAGAUAUGUGCGCGAUGGCUGGACGAUGGAAGGAUCGGGGACGUGUCUGAGGGAUCGCAGGGAACUCGUACUGUGGAUAGACUAGUCGCAAUCUGUGCGCUUGUGGACGUGUACGACGAACUAUUCCCGAUUCUACAUGAAUACCUUCUCAUUAAUUUCCCCCAUGGUCCGAUUUCCCCGCCUAGAAACGCACGCAGCAGCCUCCAUGCUCUCCUGAUCGCCUACUACCGGAUUUCACAAUCCAAUCGAGAAUUGCCGAGCCAUCUUGCCUGGCCGACGGAGCCGCUGUCUACUCUCAUCUAUGACGCGCAGAACGACAAUACGACGCGACUCUUGGCUCUCAGAUGUCUUGCGUUGCAGAAUGGGAUGAGCGAGGGGGAGCGGGAGGAGUUGCAGACACAGCUAUUUCCAUGGGACGUGGAUUGUCCUCUGUUAUGGGAAGGAAAGGAAGUUGACGGGUGGCUCAUGCCUGUGUUCGAGGCCCAGCGCCUCCAGGAGCUGCGGAAAUGGGAUGCAACAGAGUUCGACCAUGAUCACGAGGAGAUUCCGCUCAGCCCCCGCAUAGCUAAUGUAUCUGGCAUAUUACUGCUGCGAUCCAAUUCCAUGCCUUCACCGCCGUCUGCACUGGUCCCGACAGCCACCACUUCUACAGCCCUACGGUCGCUGGCGCUGAAUAUCAGACACCGCCAGCCCACACUACUGACAUCUCCGCCUUCGUCUGGCAAAUCUCUGCUGCUUACCCAUCUGUCCUUGCUGCUUCACACGACGCUGAUACCUAUCCAUCUCUCCGACACGUCUUUGGACGCGCGGUCGCUGCUAGGGUCGUACAUGUCAUCACCAACGCAACCGGGCACAUUUGAAUGGCGCGAUGGCGCGCUGGUCCGUGCCAUGCGACAAGGGAAAUGGAUCGUUCUCGAGGACAUCGACCGGGCGACAUCCGAGGUGCUGGGUGUGCUCAAGCCCCUCGUCGAAUCUCUCGGCGCAGGGAAAUGGAUCGGCCAGCGAGCGUCGGUGGUCGUGCCUGGUCGCGAACGAGUGGUUGCCGCGGACGGGUUCGCGCUGUUUGCGACACGUUCCGGAUCCGGGCCGGCGACCUUUUUUGGCACGCACAAGUUUGCAGAGGUGGUGCUCCCGGCGCCGAGUAUCGCCGAGCUCGAGACAAUCGUCGCUGUGCGAUUCCCACGGCUUGCAGGUGGGGUAGCGCGAGCGGUGGUGAGCAUGUGGGAUGCGGUCCGGCUGCUGGGCAGCGUCACGUCGACGCGAGAUGUCGGCGUGCGAGAGCUGGAGAAGUUCUGCGAGCGCGUGACAAGGCUGAUCCCCGCGAAUAUCGAUCUGCUCUCGGGCCUCAACCCCACGCUGCGGGAGGACAUCUUCCUCGAAGCCCGUGACGUGUUCUUCGGCUCCGGCGCACCGAAUGCAUCAGCCAAAGCGCACCUCGACGCCAUUGCGUCAGUCAUCGCGCAUCACCUCGGGCUCGAUGCGGAGCGCGCCGCGUGGGUUCUUACAGGUCGCACACCCGAGUUCGAGGUGCAGAAAGACGUAGAUGGACGCGUCGUCGGCGUCGUCGCGGGCCGGGUGCAACUGCAUGCCAAGUUGAAUGGCAAGCCCAUCGCUACUCGGCCGUUCGCAAUGCACCGGCCGGCGAUCAGCCUCCUCACACGCAUUGCCACGAGUGUCUCGCUGUCUGAGCCGUUGCUGCUCACUGGAGAAACGGGAACGGGGAAAACCAGCGUGAUUACGCACCUGGCAGCGCUGCUGCGUCGGCCGCUUAUCUCGCUGAAUCUGUCGCACCAGACAGAGGCGGCUGACCUGAUCGGGGGUUUCAAACCCAUCGAUGCGCGGAUUCCAGGUGCAGUGCUGCAGGAGCGAUGGGCGGACCUGUUCGGGGGGACAUUCAGCCGCCGGCGAAACGAGAUGUUUGAGGGUGAGGUGCGGAGAGCUGUGACGGAAGGAAGGUGGAAGAGGGCCGUUGGACUGUGGAGGGAGAGUGCCAGGAUGGCAAGAGAACGGAUUCGAGCCCAGGACUCUGAAGAUCCAGACAAGCCCAGGAAGCGUCGCAAAGUGGACAACGCCAGCUGGGCCGCGUUCGAAAACGACGUGGGCGAGUUUGAAGUGCAACAUGUGUUGGCUAAGGGCAAGUUUGCAUUUGGUUUCGUGGAGGGUCCUCUAGUGAAGGCUUUGCGAGCGGGUGAUUGGGUGCUACUCGACGAAAUCAAUCUGGCUAGCGCAGAAACUUUGGAAUGUAUCGCCACCCUCAUCCAGUCGCCGACCUCCUCGAUUACUCUGACAGAACAAGGCGCACUGGAGCCUGUCCCCCGACACCCCGACUUUCGCUUGUUUGCAUGCAUGAACCCAGCGACCGAUGUCGGCAAGAAGGACCUGCCACCGAACAUCCGUGCGCGAUUUACCGAACUGGAUGUCCCGUCGCCCGACGCCGAUCGCGAGACGCUACUGAGCAUUGUGGAGCAGUACAUCGGGGACAAGGCCGUCGCCGACAAGGCCGCGGUGAUGCACGUGGCUGAGUUCUAUGCGGCGGUCAAGUCGCUCGCAGAGACGCGCCAGAUCGCAGACGGGGCGAACCACCGACCGCACUACAGCAUGCGAACACUCGCUCGGGCGCUUGGGUUUGCCGCGGAGAUCGCUUCCCGAUACGGAUUGAGACGGGCGCUCUGGGAAGGCUGCCUGAUGGCUUUCACCAUGGUGCUCGAUGCGGAGAGUGCGAGUCAAGUCGUGACCGGCCUCGCAGUCAAGUAUCUGCUGGCGGGGGUGCGCAAUCCACGCUCCCUCCUUGCGAUGGAACCCCAAUCGCCUGCGCCUGCGGAGCAGUUCGUCAAGUUUGGCCCGUUCUACCUGGAGCGCGGACCGUUCGAAAUCGAUCUCGCGGAGGACUACAUCACCACGCCGUCCGUUGAGAAGAAACUGAUCGAUCUCGCGCGGAUCAUCCUCACGCGCCGCUUUCCCGUGUUGAUCGAGGGACCGACGUCGGCGGGCAAAACGAGUUCCAUCGAGUUCCUCGCGCGGCGGACAGGGCAUCGUUUCGUCCGCAUCAACAAUCACGAGCAUACAGACAUCCAGGAGUACCUCGGCUCGUAUGUAUCUGAUCCAGCGACCGGCAAGCUGCAGUUCCAGGACGGCUUGCUAGUUCGAGCGCUUCGAAACGGCGACUGGAUCGUGCUGGACGAGCUGAACCUGGCGCCAACCGAUGUGCUAGAAGCACUCAACCGUCUGCUGGACGAUAAUCGGGAGCUGGUUGUGCCGGAGACGGGGGAAGUCGUGAAGCCACACCCACACUUCAUGCUGUUCGCAACACAGAAUCCGCCAGGCCUGUACGCCGGCCGCAAAGUGCUCUCUCGGGCGUUCCGGAAUCGGUUCUUGGAGGUCCAUUUCUCGGAUGUGCCGCAAGGGGAAUUGGAAACGAUCCUGACCGCCAGGAGCCGCAUCGCGCCGUCCUACGCGCGGAAGAUCGUGGCUGUGUUUCGAGAGCUGCAGGCGCGGCGACAGGCGGGUCGGGUGUUUGAGACCAAGGCAGGAUUUGCGACGUUGCGUGAUCUGUUCCGGUGGGCGGGCCGGGACGCCAUCGGCUACGACCAGCUGGCAGAGAACGGGUACAUGUUGUUGGCGGAACGGGCGAGGAGGGAGGACGAUCGGAGGGUCGUGCGAGAGGUGAUCGAGAGUGUGAUGGGGGUCAAGAUUGACGAGGAGCGGAUGUAUGCGCAUAGGGAGGCGGAGUACUUGGGCGUCGGGGUACCCGAUGACCUGGGCGGGGUGAUAUGGACUCGCGCAAUGCAGCGACUUUUUGUCCUCGUUUCUCGCGCGUUGCGGUUCAACGAACCGGUGCUACUUGUUGGGGAGACGGGUGCUGGCAAGACGAGCGUCGCGCAGAUCUUCGCUCAGGCGUGCGGCCGGCAACUUGUCGGGGUCAAUUGCCACCAAGGCACCGAGACGGCCGACCUCAUCGGUGGACAGCGGCCGGUGAGAAACCGCGCCGGACGCGAGGCCGAAGCCAUCAAGAUUGGCGUGGAAGCCUUGGCUGCCAUUGGCGUAGUGUUGCCGGCAGACAGCGACUUAGACACCGUGCUUGCCAAACUACCCGCGACGAGCGACGCACGACGCGCUUGUAUGGGCGCUCGUGCAAUCUUCGAAUGGUACGACGGACCGCUGGUCAAUGCAAUGAAGACUGGGGACGUGUUUCUCCUGGAUGAGAUCUCGCUCGCGGACGACUCGGUGCUCGAACGACUGAACUCCGUGCUCGAGACGGGGCGCACGAUUGUCCUUGCCGAACGCGGUGGCGACGCUGGUGACGGUGAUGGGCUGAGCGUCACCGCGGAUCCCGCUUUCAAGCUCAUUGCGACGAUGAAUCCCGGCGGCGACUACGGCAAGAAGGAGCUCUCACCCGCACUCAGAAAUCGUUUUACAGAAAUCUGGGUCCCAGCUGUCGAUCAGCGCGUCGAUCUGGAGAUGAUCGUCGACAGAGGCUGGAAAGCAGAUGAGUUGAGGGCUUGGACUGCCCCGCUGCUGGAUUGGGGAGAGUGGUUUGGUCAAAAAGUGGGUGGCCAGGGUGUCGUCAGUCUGCGGGAUAUUCUGGGUUGGGUGACCUUCUCAAACUCCGUAUACGGUCAAAUGUCUUGUGUAGAGAUCUUCCACCACGCCGCGCACAUGACCUUCCUUGACGGUCUUGGCUCAUUCCCUCAGCUCUCAUCUUACUCGCGAAGCGCGCUGCAACAGCUGAGGGCAGAUGCAGAGGCGCAUCUCCACAUGAUCGCCCCACUAUCUUCUUCCAUCGCAUCACAACGAUCACACACAGAUCUGUCCUCAGUAUGGCUCGGUUCGUUUGCCGUUCCUCGCGGACCACUCGAGAUCGUCGCCGCAAGCUUCAAUCUCAGCGCCCCGACUGCGUUGUCCAACGCACAGAGAGUUGUCAGGGCGUGUCAGCUGCCCAAACCUAUCCUACUCGAAGGCAGCCCUGGCGUUGGGAAAACUAGCCUGAUCACAGCGCUCGCUGCACUGACCGGCCACAAACUUUGCCGCAUCAACCUCUCGGACCAGACGGAUCUCAUCGAUCUGUUCGGUUCGGAUCUUCCCGUGGAUGGUGGCUUCGCAUGGAAAGACGGAGAGUUUCUGCGUGCAUUGAAAGAGGGCUGGUGGGUGUUACUGGAUGAGAUGAAUCUCGCGCCACAGGCUGUGCUGGAGGGCUUGAACGCUGUUUUGGAUCACCGAGGGAGUGUGUACAUCCCCGAGUUAGGGCGAACGUUUGAGAAACACCCGAGUUUCCGGAUCUUCGGCGCCCAGAAUCCACUUAGCCAGGGUGGUGGACGGAAAGGUCUGCCCAAGUCGUUCGUGAACCGGUUCACAAAGGUCUACGUCGAAGAAUUGAGUGCUGCGGAUCUUCUGCUCGUUUGCAAGGGUUUGUUUCCUGCACUGGGUGGAUCUGUUUUGGAGAAGAUGAUCACGUUCAACACGGCAUUGAACGAAGAGGUGUCGGUGAAGAGGAGCUUUGGCCGAGCCGGCAGUCCCUGGGAAUUCAAUCUCCGCGAUGUGCUGCGAUGGGCUACGCUCGUGUCUGCUUCAAUUCAAGGCAGACCACAGGACCUCUUGAGGAACGUGUACCUGGACCGUUUCCGGGACGUGGAGGACCGCAGAAAAGCUGCAGCGCUCUUCGAGUCUGUCUUCCUCGAAGAAGCAACGACUGCCGCGCCCAAGUGGGCCGUCACGCCCAUCUAUGUGCAGAUCGGCAACUUCCAAACGUCGCGUCACGCGGGAUCCACAGCACUGUCUCGCCCUCCACGAAUCCUGCCCAGCCAUCUGCCCGCGCUCGAAUCUCUGGGUCUUUGUGUGUCGCAGAACUGGCUCGCGAUUCUGACCGGGCCGAAGAAUGCCGGGAAGUCAUCCGUGGUCCACCUUCUGGCCGAUCUGUGUGGUGCGCCGCUGCAGACUGUAGCGCUGCACAGCGCAACCGACACCGGUGACCUCCUGGGAUCGUUCGAGCAGCUCUCCGGGGGCGGGUUUGCGUGGAUUGCAGGGCCGCUGGUAGAGGCGAUGGAGCGUGGGACAUGGCUUCUCCUCGACGACGCAAAUCAGUGCCCGCCGUCCGUCCUGGACCGGCUCAACUCGCUCUGCGAGCCGGGCGGCGUGCUCACCCUGAGCGAACGUGGGUUCGUCGACGGCGCUGUGCCCGUGAUCCGCCCCCAUCCGGGCUUCCGACUGUUCAUGGCGCUUGAUCCCGCGAACGGCGAGCUGUCGAGGGCCAUGCGGAACCGAGGUGUGGAGGUUGCGCUGGGUCCACUGCUCUUGGCGCACGCGACAGGCAGAGAGAUCGACCAUGAUUCCGCUGGGUCCGCUGUGCUCAAUCUUACCGGGGUGCGAUCCCCCAUCAGUGUCCCCGCCCAACAGCAUCUCGUUGCGCAUGCUGUGGCGGCAGUCUAUGCUCGGUACUUUCAGCGGCUCAUGCAGACCAUUCCCGAGCUGCGUGUGGCGGGGAGGAUGAGGGAAGCCCGUUGGACAGCCUAUGCCUCGAGAUGGGGUGUCCCGGUCGAAUUCGUCGCUGCUCAGCCCACCGUUUUCUACCUGACUUCUCUGGACGAAUCAACACUUGUGUUUCUGCGCGCGAUCGACCUGGACAUAGCCAGUGCUCUGUUUGUUCAAACCUCUGCGCAGCCCAACUAUCAGAUAUCCCUCAAAUCAACAUCCAAAACGGAAUUCUCGGUAGUGAUGCGUGCAAUCGAAGCUGUGAUCUCCGCAGUGCUGGGUUUAUUUGCGGACGGUGCAGAUCUUGCCGCUGUCUCGAAGACACAGAUAGAACGUAUCCUCUCAGUGCUGCGGUUCGUCAGCUCGCUCCAGUCCCAGUCCCGAUCGCACACUGUCCAGAACAAGUACUUCGACUAUUCUGCGGUGCAGGUCGUGUCGGGGUGGCUCGUUGACGUGCUUUCCGAGAACGGCGAGGAAGAUGACGGGCUGCUGUUGGUGCGCACGCACGCCCACGCUCUGCGGAGUGCGGUGGCGCUCUCGACUGGCUUGGGGAUCAGCCAAAUUUGGAGCCGAUUCCAGGGUGUGCUUUUGCCAGUUGGUGCAAAUACAGCGAUGCUUCAGGAACUACAGCAAGCUGCGGGACGGACCGACAAUGACGGCAAGUCAUUUUCUAGCCUAUGCGCAGGCAAGCAUUCGACCUGCUGUGUCUCGCAGACCUGCGUGCAACGGCUGACGAGCAGGACGAAUUCGGGCGACUGGUCGCGGAUCUGGCACUGGUUCGUUUGUGCUCCUUGCACUUCCUUCAUCGAUAUUGAUGUACCGCAGAGAUGCAAAGCGGUGGCUAUCCCAAUUGGCACUGCGUCCAUGGAAGUCUCUGAAAACGAGCAACGGGACGAGGAGAAGAGACACGCGACGACCAUAAUCGCACAGUUGGGGAUUCUCGCUUGCAUUACUAUGAGAGAGAUUUCUUUAACGGCAAGUGCCUGCGGUUCGCCUAUCUCACGUGAACUGACCACAUUGCAGACCCUGGCCAGCCGGAUCGAGCGGCUCAUUGGUGUCGAGCUCGGUCGCGGAAUCGAGAACUGGGCGGGGAGAAUGAAGCGGCUGGUCGGGUAUCGACAUGCCCUGUGGACUGCACAAGCUGAACAGGACAUGUUACCUGUGAUACUCAAAAUGCAGCUCAAUUGGUUGGAGGAUGUGUGGCUGGCUGGAGACACGGAGAUGGAUUUGCACGGGCCAGAUCUACUGUUUCGUCCAACGCAAUUACGCGCAACACUUGCUGCUUGCGACCUUCGCCAAGGCACUCUCGAUACCUAUGCGACAUUCCAGCAAGCACUGAGCACGCAGAUUGGGCUGGCGCUUAUACAAGCCGAAGCUAGCGGUGAUCCACCGAGAACAAAUCAGCUGGGACGGGUCUUGGUGCAGUCGAUUAGUUUGCUCACGGCGUGCUUCGGUUUCCACCUCGAGGGGACUGUGGUCAACACGCUGGAGCAGCAAUGCUCCUCACUCCCACUGGCAUUCAAAUCAUACCUUCUCCCCGCCGUCCAGAAUCUCCAUUCAUCCUCGUCGCCUGACCAUCGCACUCUUGGCCUGACAUUCAUCGCACUGUCACGCACCUUGCUCGAUCUGUUCGUUCCCUCGACCCCGAUCGACCCGGCUGCUAUCGAACGGUUCGGAGACCAAUUCCGGGCCGACCAACGGGCCGUGCUGGUCGAGCAGAGACAGAGCAUGGCCGAGUUCGGGUCCCGGCUAUAUGGCACAACUGAUGGCAACGCUGUGGUCGAGGAUCUGGAUGCGCAGAUUGGCAAGCUGAGUGACCUCGCCGUAUCAGAAAGCGGAAGAGCUCCGGGACGCGAUGACGUGUCGCGGCUGCAUAUGUUUUGGUCUGAAGUCGCCCAGUUCCAAGCACACGUGAUCGCGCCAUCCAAGAUCACUGGCAUGCUCGAAUCGGACGUCAACCUAGCCCACCGGGCGCAGACUCUGCAGCGCUCGAUUGCGGGCUUCACUCAGCGUCUGGAGAGCGCGUAUCCCGAGUUCGUCGAUCUCUGGCUCCCUGUAAAACUUGGUGUCGCGUAUCUCCGGCUGGGUGUGGCGCUCUGCUGUGUCUCCCACACAGCCAAAAUACCUGCACUCGAGCCCCUCGUGACGUUCCCUGCGUUGGACUCGGCCGCCCGCGUUCUGGCCGCCAACCAAGGCGGGAUCGACGGGAUAUUGAUGCGUCUCGCAGCAUUGGCCGAGACCAGUGGCAGUGACGACCGCUUCGAGCAGAUCCAGAUGGCCUACCACCAAGCAAGCGCGCUGUGGCGCAUUGACCGAGCACGUGAGAGCGACGCUGCUGCACGUGCAGGGUCGCUGUAUCGUGGAGGAUAUGAAGACGAAGGAGACGCCGAGCGCGAGGAGCGCGAGUUUUUGGAGAUGUUCCCAACGUUUUCAGACCCACUCUCUGAAGACACGAAGGAGACGAAUGGGACUGCGACCGCGACUUCAGCGAGACCGGUUGUAGGACCAGAAGAAAUGGAGAGGCUUGUGGCCUUGCAUCAUUCGCUCUUCGGUGAUGGGGCUGCUUUGGGACUCUUCCAAACGAUGCAGCGAGCAACAGUGCACCGAGCAGUGAAUGCUGAUUUUGCCAAUCUGUCCGACCAACUGGAUGGGACCAGUCUUAUCAUGCAGAUGACCCUAUUAAAUGACGCCUCUUCAUUUUCAUCGCCAGGCGACGAUUACAACUUCUACAAGUCUCCCAAUCCCUCCGAAGCCCGUAAAUCCGCCCAGGUCGUCUCUUCUCUUCGUACGCGACUCGCCACACUGAUCGGUGAAUGGCCGGAUCAGAUGGUGCUACAGCACUUGCAUACCCGGUGCACGGCAGUCCUGGCGCUGCCGCUCUCAUCUCCCCUCGCGCACAUUUUAUCUGCGCUCGAGCAGCUACUGCUUGAAACCGCCGAUUGGGAGAUCUACGCCAACCGGGAGAACACCCUCAAGGCUCAUCAGGCGGAGUUCACCGGACUCAUCGUCGAGUGGCGCCGACUUGAGCUGGGGUGUUGGCGCGUGCUGCUGGACGUCCAAGCCAAAGAAUUCGGAGCAGGUGGCGUGAGAGAAUGGUGGUUCCGUCUCUUCGAGGCCGUGGGCCAGUCCGAUGGUGAUGUGGAGACUCUGGUCCCUUUACUGGACGAGUUCAUCCGCACGAGUCCAGUGGGGCAGUUCGAGGCCCGGAUGGAGCUAUUACGGACAUUUGCAGUGUUCACGGCCGCUUCCCCCUCAUCGUCGACGCGCAUCUCGCGUAUCUUGGCUACGACACACGCGCAUUUCAGCCUCUUUGCACCCCGCGUCGCGGCGGCUCUGGCCGGAGAGCGGGCAAAGCUGGAGGCCGACCUCCGUGGGUACGUCAAGCUUGCGAGCUGGAAGGAUGUGAAUGUGCACGCGCUCAAGGCCAGCGCGCAACGCACGCACCACGCGCUUUACAAGCUCGUCCGCCGCUUCCGUGACGUCCUGCGCGGACCGGUGGCUGCAAUGCUGGGUGUCAAGGGCGCACUGGGGGAUUUGAGCAAGGAUGAAGAAGGGGGUAAGGAUGACAUCAUGGAGGAGAGCGAAGCGAACGAAGAAGCCCCACCGACUUUCCCUGUCCUCGACACAUCAAACCAAACACCGGGACACCUUAGGAACCUCGCGCCGACCUUCAGCAAAUUCCGCACUCUGCUCCAGACGCGUGUGGCGCCUGCGAUCUCGGCGCACUCGGCCGCCCUCGCGGACGGGCUGGCAGUGGACAUCAUCCGCACCGCGCAGCAUCUGUCGUCGAUCGCCCUGCCACAGGACAAGGAGAAACGCAUCAAGGCAAGCAAGGCGCUGACGACGCGCAAGCGCAAAGCAUACGCGGAUCUGCUGCGGGAGCUGCGCAUCGCGGGCUUUGGCGUCGUGCGCGCGGAUGUCCUGGACCGGAUCCGCUCGGGCGCGUGGGUACGCGAGCAGUCGGGGGUGGCGUCCGAUGAGCGUAUGGAGAAGUACUUCUCCCGUCUGCUUGCAGCUUUGCCGGCGCUGCGCGCGUCGGUAGCGGGGCAUCACCCUGAUUUGGUCACGCGCGAUCUGCAGCGGGGAGUGACGUUUGUAGAGUCGGUCUUUGCGAUGGGCAUGGAUGCGAGGACGAGACUUGCGGACGCUGUGUCCCAACAAUCUCGUCUCUCGCGACUUGUCGAGCGGCUGGCGCAUAUAUCGACGUCUGCAACUAACUCAUCGGGUCCAAUCGUCGUUGCCACCGGUCCGUCGGUGCUUGCGCAUGCACGUGAGGUUUACCGUGUCACGGUCCGCCUCCGCGCGACUCUGUGCGAAGUCAUUGAAGCUGCGCGUGUCUUCGAAUCGCUGCUCCGCCAGCAGUCGGAUACGACGAACAAGAGCGUCCCGACGGCAUUGUCCCAGGAAAUGCAGAGCGCGCGGCGUGAGACAGAGAGAAUUGAAGGCGAGGUGAGGAAGGUUGUCGAAGGCGUCGAGAUGGGCGGCUCUGUGUUAUUGAGAGACGAACACGCUGUUAUCCAAUUGGCCCUUGCGCACCUAGCCAGUACACACGAGUCUCUCGCACGAUGGGCCGCACUGGAUACCCGGCUAGGCUAUAUCUUUGGCCCGGCCGGCCGAUGGGUCCACGAGCAAAUUGUCGCCGUUUCAACGCUAGCGCUGGCCGCAGAGGAUCCCAAUGCAGCUGAUAACACCGACGGCGUCAUUGAACUACUUCUCGUUCACGUCCAGUCGCUGUUGGAAGCUUGCCCUGAGCCGGAGCCGCCAAAGGCCGAUGACGAGACGGAGGAGAAGGAACGAUACAUCGAGACAGACUACCAUCACACGCGCAAAGUGACGCAGCUUCUCAAGCUGGACCAGACCGCGGACGCUGUCGAGCGCGUCUUCAAUGCGCUGACAGGCAGCCAAGCCCAGACCCGGCUCGCCCGCCUGGUCCCCUUCCUCCACGCGUAUCUCAACUUCGUCGCGCGCCAGAUCUCGGCACACGCGUCCUGGACGAAGACGCUGUUCAAGCUCGACUGGGUGCUCGUGUCGGUCUUGCAGACGCUCGCGACGGACGGCUUCUGCCGGCCGCCGGAGGCCGACGAGGACGGGGACGGGGACGGAGGCAAGGGCAAGGAAAUGGAGGCGGAUGGCACGGGCUUGGGAUCCGGGGCGGGGCGGGAGAACGUCAGCAAGGAGAUUGAGGACGAGAGCCAGGUUGAGGGGCUGCAGGGUGAGGACGAGCAGCAGCCCGACGACCAGCAACAGCGCGAAGACGGGGACAACGAUGCGAUCGAGAUGAACGACGAUUUUGGGGGCGCGCUCGAAGACGUGCCUUCGGAUGGGGAGGAGGACAAGGACGGCGAGGAAGACGACAAAGCCGGAGAGGAGGAAGACGGCCCAGAGGAGCAGAUGGGCGAGUUGGACGCGUCAGAUCCUGGCAAAGUCGACGAAAAGCUGUGGGGCGACGACAAGGGCCCAGAGAACAGCGGAGAGGACGACAACGUUGGAAAAGAGCUUGAUGGGGAGUCAAACGAACAGGAGGAAAGCGAAGUUGUCGCCAAGGAGGGGAAGCAGGAGUCGAAGGAGAAGGAGAAGGAGAAGAAACAGAAAGAAGAUGGGAAACAGAGCGAGCAGAAUGGCGCAGAAGAACCCCAGCCGGAUGACGAGCAACUACCCGAAGCGACCGUCGGCGAAGAUGAGCAACAAGACCCCCCGGCCGACCAACACGGCGCGCCGAUGGAUGAGCAUGUGCCGGACGGUGACAUGCUCGACAUACCGGACAAUCUGGAUUUAGGAGACGAGGACAUGGGCGGGGAGCAGGAACCAGGGGAAGAAGAGGAUGGAGAUGGAGAUGGAAUGGACGUGGAUGAGUCAGGGAUGGACAAUGUAGAACAAAACGAGGCUGAUGCUCAAGACCAGCCGAUGGAGAUGGAUAAUGACGCGCCUCUAAACCCAGAAGACACGCCGGACCCGGACGAAGACGAGGACGCCGACGCGUCGAAGAUGCAGGACCCCUCCUCUGGGCUGACAGACGAGCCAGAGCCAGAGCCAGAGCCAGAAGCCGACUCGGAUGAGCAGGUAACCGCGAAACCAGACGUCACGGCAGGGGGUGAUCCCCAGCAGCAGGAAGACGGUGAAAAUCCGCAGGACGAUAGGCCUGACACUGUUGCGGGCGACAAAUCUGCCUCCGGCGACAAGGGCGCGUCAGUCUCGAGCCGUGUUGGGCAGGACGCAGGUGACAAUGUCGAGAAAGAUGAUUCACAAGGGGAGCAAAGCGACGCCAAUGCGCCUCUUCCAGUUGACUCGCAAGCUCCAGGUCUGUCCAGUGACGGCCAGCAGGAUGGGGCGGACGAAUCCGCCGGUGCCGAGAUGCGCAAUGAGGCGGGCAAUCCGUUGCGCAGUUUGGGCGAUGCGUUGAAGGAGAUUCGGCGGCGGUUCGAUGAGAUCCUGGAGUCGUCGGAUCCCCAACAGCAGCAACAGAUGACAUCCGAAGAGUCGCCGGAGAAAGUCGAGUACCUCCGACCCGAAGAUGCCGGUGACACCGACAUGCAGGCGCUGGGCCCCGCAGGCGACGAGCAAGUUGCGAAGCUGGAUGAUUUGGCGAUGAUGGUGGAUUCAGAGCAGCCGGACCAGCAGCGUUUUGUACCGAUGGAAGUUGAUGCAAGUGAUGAUUUGCCGGCGACAAAGCGGGCCGAGGAGCUGGAGGCGCUGCACCAGCAGCCUGAACACGGGGAUGACGGCGACGACGCAAUGGCACUCGACGCUCAGGGACGCCGUGCUCCCGACUCCAACCACGAGACAACCGCCGAGGUGGACAUGCCUGACCCCACGAUCGAGCUUCUCACGCAGCACCUGGCUGGUCCCGCUGACUCUGAAUCUGCGACUCAGCUGUGGCAGUCGUACGAAUCGCUGACGCAUGACUUGGCGUAUGGGCUGUGUGAGCAGCUGCGGCUGAUCCUGGAGCCCACCCUCGCGACGCGGCUCAAGGGCGACUUCCGGACCGGCAAGCGGCUGAACAUGAAGAAAGUCGUGGCGUACAUCGCAAGCGACUGCACCAAAGAUAAGAUCUGGCUGCGACGCACCCGGCCGAGCCAGCGGGAGUACCAAGUGUUGAUCGCGCUGGACGACUCGAAGAGCAUGGCCGACUCGCGCUCGGUCCACCUCGCGUUCCAGGCGCUGGCGCUCGUGACCAAGGCUCUCUCGCGGCUGGAGGUCGGGCAGGUCGGCGUCGCCCGGUUCGGCGAGCGCGUCGAGAUGCUGCACGACUUCGGCGACGCCGCGGGCGUCUCGGGGGCGCGACUUAUGGACGCGUUCCGGUUCGACCAGAAGGCGACGGACGUGCUGGCGCUGCUGGGCACUAGUCUGGGUGUGCUCGAACGCGCGAGAGAGGCAUCGGCGAAAGACCUGUGGCAGCUCGAAAUUAUCAUCUCCGACGGAAUGUGCCAGGACCACGACAAACUGCGGACCGUCCUCAGGAGAGCCGAAGAGCAGCGAGUCAUGAUCGUCUUUGUCAUCGUCGACAGCAACUCGAUCUUGACCAUGAAUAAGGCCGAGUACAAGCCCACUGCGGAUGGCAGAAUGGAACUCCAGCUCGAGCGCUACCUCGAAUCUUUCCCGUUCGAGUAUUACGUCGUCCUGCGCGACGUCGAGGCGUUGCCGGAUGUCUUGGCUGGUACACUGAGGCAGUUUUUCGAGAGGAUCUCUGAAGAGUAGGCAUAUGUUGUAGGCAUAUGUUGUAGAUUUUGGAAGUCCUGUAUGUUGUUCAAUCAAUU